GCGUAGACCGACGGGAAUUGUAGUCCCGCGCGGCCGAGAGGCCCUGGAGGACUUCCGGACUGCGCUUCCUAUUUAGACGCCCCGAGGAGGUCUUCGGGAAUCGCAGUCCGCUGCGCUCGAGUCGCCGGGAGCUGUAGUCCGUCCCGUCUGCCCAGUCAGCGUGGUACCACCGGGUUGCUGUCUAGGGAAUGUGAAAGCGGCCGGUUCCAGAGAGCAGAGAGGCCGGCCGGGAGCCGAGGAGGGCAUGUCUCAGGCACCGGAAGCGCGGCCGAGCCCACCCUCAGUGUAUCACGAGCGGCAGCGGUUAGAGCUAUGCGCCGUCCACGCUCUCAACAACGUUCUCCAAAAGCAGCACUUUAGCCAGGAAGCUGCAGAUGAAAUCUGCAAGAGGCUAGCCCCAGAUUCCCGGCUGAACCCCCAUCGCAGCCUCCUGGGCACCGGCAACUAUGAUGUCAACGUGAUCAUGGCUGCCCUGCAGGGCCUGGGCCUGGCCGCUGUGUGGUGGGACAGGAGGAGGCCCCUGUCCCAGCUGGCCUUGCCUCAGGUGUUAGGCCUGAUCCUGAACCUGCCCUCUCCUGUGUCGCUGGGUCUGCUGUCCCUGCCACUGCGCCGCCGCCACUGGGUGGCCCUGCGUCAGGUGGAUGGCAUCUACUAUAACCUGGACUCAAAGCUUCGGGCACCUGAAGCCCUGGGGGGCGAGGAUGGUGUCAGGGCCUUUCUGGCAGCUGCCCUGGCCCAAGGCCUAUGCGAGGUACUAUUGGUGGUGACCAAGGAGGUGGAAGAGACCGGCUGCUGGCUCCACACAAGCUGACGCAC